UCGCCGUCGUUUCUAUGUCUGCAAAUCACUCUGUCGCUUCAGGUCGUCUGGCAUAUUCUCGUCCUAAUAAUUCCUGCGAAUAUCCACUCUUUCAUCAUGUUGACCAAGUACGCAGCAACCGCACUGCUGGCCACAGCCGUGUAUGGCAAGCCUCUUCUCACCACCGAGGAAGGCCAACUCAUGCCACGUCAGGGUCCAGGCUCUUACUAUCCAAUUACUGGUGCAACUGGCGGUGUUUUCCCUCGUCUCGAGAUUCGUGAAUUGGAAAAGACUGGCGAGAUGUGGAACUUGUUCCUGUUAGCCAUGACGGAUUUCCAAGCGAUCGAUCAGAAAGUCAUUGACUCUUAUUAUCAAAUUGCUGGGAUCCACGGAAUGCCAUGGUAUCCAUGGGAUGGCGUUGAUGUUGCAGUGAGGCCGGCAAUGGGUUACUGUCCUCACAACCAGCUGCUUUUCGGAACAUGGCACAGGCCUUACCUGAUGCUGUUCGAGCAAAAACUGCAAAAGAUUGCCAAGGGCAUUGCCGACAAGUUUCCCAGUGCCACGAAGGCAAAAUACCAGGACGCUGCCAACAAGCUCCGUAUCCCUCAUUGGGAUUGGGCACUAGCGAUUGCUUCAAACCAGCCAGUUUAUCCUACUGCUGUUUCGAACGAGAAAAUCCGCGUGACUUUCCCUAAUGGCACCGCUGCCAACAUCGACAACCCACUCUUCAACUAUGAUUUCCAUCCUCUUAAUAACAGAGAGUUCAAUGGAACGGGUUGCCCAGAAGGGGCAGGUGAACCUUCAGUGUGCCAAAAUUCUCCUCGUACCAUCCGUCCCGCCACUGCGGAUCUCAACGCGGCGUUCCGCAGUGCCCUCGACAGUCAGCGCAGUUCUUUGGCCAGAGUCCUCACGCUUGGAGAAAACUUCAACUCGAUCUCAACGACCGGUGGCUGCGGAUCGCAGAGAUAUGGAAGCAUCGAGGGCGUACACGGCCCCGUUCAUACCAUGCAUUUCCCUGGUCAUAUGGCACCUGCAGGCGCUACAGCUUUCGAUCCCGUUUUCUGGCUACACCACGCCACUGUCGAUCGUCAGAUCGCCAUUUGGCAGAAGCUCAACCCGGACUCUUACAUGAACGCAUGCUUUGCUAUGAACCCUACUUGGACCAUUAACUGGGGUGACGAUCUUGACGAGAACUCUGCAUUGACUCCCUUCCACAAGAAUGCUGCUGGAGACUUCUUGACUUCGAAAGAUGUUCGCGACAUUGAAAAGCUUGGAUACACUUACCCGGAGUUGAUCAACACCUCCCAAGCCCAGCUGCGCACCACCAUCAAGAAUCUGUAUGGUGAAGUCCCCGUCGAAUCUUUCGCAGCUAAGUCGGCAUCGGGCGCGGCCUCGUCCUACACGAAGUAUUUGGCCGAGAUUCAGCUUCCCACAUACGGACUUGAUGACGGCGAAGGUGGAUCCCUGGCCUACAACGUACUGGUUUUCCUCGGAGAUGUCAGCAGCGAUUCCAAAUCAUGGGCCACUUCCCCUAGUCUGGCGGGUUUGGCAUCGACCCUGGGUGGUGUGAAGAACAAGAACGACCAGAUCGUCCCCUUCCUUGUCGACUUGACCUCUGCUUUGGCCAAGGCCGUUGAGAGUGGAGCGACCACAUCAGAGGGCGCUUUGGAGUACUUGAAGAAGAACGUCAGCUAUCGCAUUGAAAUUGGUGGCCGAGCAAUUGCGAAAGAGCAACUCAAAGCUUUGGAGGUGGAGCUGAUUAGCACUGAGGUUGAAGUUGCAGCGUCUGAAGAUGAAUUCGACAAGUGGGUCGGUGAGUUUGCGAAGCAUGGUGCUAUAGACGGCUAAAUAUUCCUCCGUCACCACAGUUGGAUUUAGGAUCAUCUGUGUUGCCUGGAAUAGAGCAAGUAAUAGUUUGCAACUUGGCUUUUUGCUCUGUUUUGUAUUUCGCUGAGU